GAAUUUCUUUCUGUGAGUAAAGCAAACGAAAAGGCUGUAUAUCUUAAGAAAUGUGCCAUUCGGAGUUCUUGCCGUCCUGACCAGGAACUAACGGCGCAGAUCAAUGAACUUUUUCCCACUGAGCAAUCGCUAGCCCAGCUGGAUACCGUCAUAGCUGCUGUGGAAUCUGAAAUCCACGAUCUGGACGUGGAGCUGGCAGCAUUGGUGGAAUCUCAUGACGAGGUUGGGGCCCAAGGCGAAGCUGCUCUGCAGGAGGCCCAAAAAGCAAUGUCAGAGUUGGAGCGUCGAAUUGAUAGUAUACGAGGGAAAACUAGGUCAUCGGAUGAGAUUGUGCGAGAAAUGACGAGAGAUAUCAAGCAACUCGACAUUGCGAAAAGAAAUCUCACAUCUUCAAUCACCACAUUACAUCACUUGCAUAUUUUGCUCACUGGUGUUGAUUCACUAGGUAUGUGUUUA